AUGGACUUCUCCCUCCAAUCCCACACAUCCUUCAUCGGCCGUCCAGCCAGCGACCUCCCAACCCCAUCUCUAGUCCUCAGCAAACCCGUGCUGGAGAGAAACAUCAACCGACUACAACAAGACGUACAAGAGCUGGGACUAUCAUUCCGUCCCCAUACCCUCGAAAUAACCCGCCUCAUGCUCUCCAACGGCCUCCACCGCGGCCUCAUCGUCUCCACCCUCAGCGAACUCCGCGGCGUACUCCCAUUAGCAGAGGAGGGAAUUCUCAACGAGGCCCUCUACGGCCUCCCAAUCUACCCCUCCGCCCUACCCCACCUCCACUCCAUGCGCAAAUCCCACCCAAAUCUCAACAUCCUCCUACUAAUCGACUCACCCCAACACAUCCCUAUCAUCGAAUCAUUCAACAACUCCAUCUCAGAUGGUAUCCCUCCCUGGCCGGUCUUCAUCAAGCUAGACGUCGGAUCGCGCCGCGCAGGCGUAGACGUAUACUCCCCUGACUCCGGGCCCGAACUAGAAGAGCUAGUGCACGCUGUGGAGCAGAGUAGCGCGGUAGAAUUGUACGGGUUCUACUGCCACGCGGGACAUUCGUAUUCUGCGAAGGGGGAGGAAGAGGCGGGGAGGGCGUUGGGGAGUGAAGUUUCGGGUGUGUUGCGGGGUGUCAAGCUGAUUAAGAACCGUGGUGGGAAGAAGAGAAGGAUUGUGCUUUCGAUUGGAUCAACGCCUACAGCGCAUGUUGUUCGUCAGGUUAAACAGUUCCUGACUGAGGAGGGGAAUGCGAAUGAUGAUGUGGAUGUCGAUGUGGAAGUUCAUGCUGGAAACUACCCAACAAACGACCUCCAACAACUCAGCACCGAUCUAAUCACCCCCGCAGAUCUGGCUGUCCGCGUAUCGGCCGAAGUAUGCAGCGUGUAUCCGCGUCGCAACGAGGCGCUGAUCAAUGCCGGGACGGUGGCGCUGUCGAAGGAGACGAGCGCGGUGCCGGGGUUUGGGAGGGUAGUUGAGAGGCCUGAGUGGGGGGUGGUGAGGAUGUCGCAGGAGCAUGGGAUUUUGGGGUUAUUGUCUGGAGGAGCGGGGGAUGGGGAAGGGAAGAAAGUGGAGGAUGUGUUUCACGUCGGACAGAAGGUCAUGCUGCAUUGUCAGCAUGCGUGUAUUACUGCGGCGCAGCAUUUCGUGUAUUAUGUAGUGGAUGGGGAGGAUGUGGUUAGGGAGACGUGGGUUCCUUGGAAGGGGUGGUAG